AUGGGCGCCUUCCUACGCCUCGCCUUCCAGGCGCUUCUCUUCGCCGCCUCCCACUCGCUCGUCAGCGGCGCAUUCAUCCCCUUCGAAAACUGCCUCCCCGACUCCACGCUCAACUCCGACCCCUUGCUCCUCCAAUGGGUGCCCCAGUACGUCGACGUCCGCUUCGACACCGAGAGCCCCAACAACCUGAACGUCACCCUCUACGGCAACGUGACCGGGCAGCAAGUAGAAGGGCAAUACCCGCCCCCGAGUGAUCCGCAAUGGGAUAUGCCGAAUAAUACGUUUGGCAAGAUAUCAGAUGAGGGAUCGGCGAGGAAGCUCAGCACGCUGCUUGCGGGCUUUGAGGUGUUGACGUACGAUGCGUAUGAGGCGAAGGGGUCGCGGUUCUGCGACCACAUCAUUAAUGGGUCUUGUCCGCUGGGUCCGCUGUUCUCGGCGAACGCCAGCAAUCCGUACGAAUUACAUACGUUCAGUCUGGCGCACGACUUUGGGAGUCCGUACCAGUUCAGCACGCUGGCAGCGACGAUACGUGUGAUAUCAGGGGAUGUGAAUGCGCCCACCGUUGCGUGUGUGAGCACGAAUAUCACGCCUGAUCUUGGACCGAGCAUUACUGGUUUGCUCACCUGGCUGCCGGCUGUGAUUUUGAUCAUCAAGGCUAUCGCUACGCUUACGGCCGCCAUUUGGUCGCCGUGGGGCAGCUCGGACAUCUUUCGCUGGAGCAGCAACUACGGAAGAGACGAGGACUUGCUGAGGCUGGUCACGCCUGGGUUUGGUGACUGCCUGCAGUACAUACAGUUCGUUACGCUUAUGGGGAGUUUGACGUUGCAAUACCCAGGAUUCUUCCAACCCGCCGUCAGUCAGACUGCGUGGUCACUUUUGCUCUUCAACCAGAGCUUCGUCAGCGGAGGCAAUGGCACUCAAAGCCUGCAGGACGGCAUCUAUGUCACGAGCGGACAGUAUGGUAUCGCCACCAUGAGACAGCUGGUCGGCAUCGACGCAUCCUACGACGUCUGGGCAUGUAUGGCCGUCUUUCUUGCUGCCAUAGCAGGCGGUAUCAUCGUCCUGUGCCAGCUCGGAUUCUUCCUCCGCUGGGUCUACCGCAAGCUUUCCGGAACGAGCGAAGAAGACCUGCGACGGAAGAACAUCCCAUUCACCUUUGGAAACAUGGUCCGACUGUUGUUCAACUUCUUCAUUCUGCCGAUUGUGGCAUUCAGUCUGUUUCAGCUGGUCAUUUCGAACUUGUCGCCGACCUCCGUCAUCGCUGUUGCAGCUAUCCUUCUGGUCGUCGUCGUGCUCACGGCAGCCUGGAUCCUCUACAUUAUCUUCAAGACGAGACCACGAACACAUCUCUUCGACGACAUGCCGACGGUCCUGGCCUACGGUCCACUUUACAACACUUACAGCGAUAGCGCCGCACCGUUCGCUCUGAUUCCUGUACUCAUCACCUUUAUGCGCGGCGUCGCUUUUGGUGCGGUUCAGCCUAACGGCACCGCACAGAUUAUCAUACUUGCGAUCUGCGAGGUCAUACUAAUACUUACACUAAACGGCUUCCGGCCUUUCCAGAACCAGACCAGCAUGAACGCCUACCACACCUUCUUCUCGGUGGUGCGGUUGGUCACCAUCAUGCUGAGCGUCGCAUUCGUGGGCUCCUUGGGCGUCAGCGAAGCUUCCAAGGGCUGGAUCGGAUACACCAUCCUCUUACUCCACGCCUGCGUGCUGGUCUUCGGCUUCUUCCUCAACUCCGCGCAAACUCUCAUCGAAGUCGCCGUGCGCUCGCUCGGUCUGGCCGGUAGUGACGCCCAAUCAGGCGCAGUCCGUGGUAAUAUCCUGGGCUGGCGGAUGCUGAAGAAGCGGCAAGAUCGGUCAGCUGCGGCGGAGAGAGCUAGCAUGUCCAGCGAUGCGGCGAUCUUGCGAGACUCCCGUGGCGAUGAUGGGCGAGCGAGGAGCAUGUCGGCUAGCAGUCAGCAGCUGCUUGGUCAAGGGAGGAUGACUCCUACCAACCCUCGGAUUAGUGGUUUCGAUAAUUUCUCGAAUGGGGGCGAUGGAGUUGGCAGUCCGGAUCCGGAUCUGGGAUACAUGGCUGUUGCGCAGGGAGCUUCGCCGCAUAAGCCUAGUAUUGCUGUGAAAACUGAUGGCGAAGCUUUCUACCGACCGCCGAGACGGAAGACGAUUGAUGCGCUUACGCCUGGUGCGCAGAGCAGAAGCGUUGUUGAGCCGGAGUUUGCGUACUCAGACGCUGUUGCACGAUCAGCGAGCACGAGGGACAGCGCGCUCAAGGCGGAGGGCAAUGGCUCGCCCGUCCCAGCUUACAUCCGCGACCGCGCAGACUCCGAUCCGCAAGGCCAGGCCAACCGACCCGACUACGCUGUCCGAGAAGUCGACCAGUACUACCACGGCACUGCGCUCUCCAACAAUCCAGCUAGGCCAACGAGAAAGCUGAAGACCGGUCCAGCGAACCCAGAGAGCCCGGCUGCCAGCGCAUCGACCUGGUUCCAGCGAUUCGUCUUCGGCGUCAAGGAGAAGGCUAAGCAGAAGGAUUCGGGCAAGGGCUUCGAAGUCGUGCGCUCCAAACCCAUGAUGUGGGAUGCACCCAAGGGAGAGGCGGAGGGCGAGGGCGUGGAGAUGCAGACGAGUCCGCCGAUGAACGCUGAGCCGUACCGCGACUCGCCGGAGAUGCAGCAAGGGGGUCUUCAGGCCGCGGCCGGCGCUGAGCGGUCCGUGAGUCCUCUUGAGGACAACGCUGCUCCUGUCCGGCCUUCGAGGGAGAGUGCAGUCUCAGCUAUGCGGCAGAACAUGCACCCCGGCAUGCGAGCAGAGUAUCCUGCUCGCGACCCUUCGGUCUCUGCCACCUCCCGCGGACGCCCAAGCGUCGACCAGCGCUCCGCCAGCAACGCAGGCACGCACACCGACUACCGGCCGUCUUCUGAGUUCGACGGCGAAGAACCCGAACGCUUCACCCGCAUCUCUGAAGUCCCAACUUUGGGACCGAUUGAGAGUGUAGGCGGCAUGGACAUUCCUUCUCGCUUCAACUCGCGCCGUAGCGCCAACCUGGACUCUGAUCGGGGGUGGCUGUCAGACGUCGAUAACAUCUCCUGGCCGCACGCGCACGCCGAACCGCAGGGGCUGAACUACAGUACCAGCUCCCGCACCCCCACCGUACCUGAACGGAGCGCCGAGCGCGAGCGCAGCUCCUCCAACCACCACAACCCCCACGGCAGACGCGAAUCUAACCUCCAAUCCUACGAAGACCCCUCAGGCUUCCUCGUCCUCGGCGGCGGCAACGACGACGACGACUACGCGGACGAGGGCCGCCCGAACAGCUUCUUCAACUCGCACCAUCAUCGCGCGGCGGAUAGUAUUCAUCGGAAUUCUUUCGGGGCGCGGGCGGGGAUGCAGGCGAGUAGUGCGGAGAUUUAUGGGGGGGACGAGGAACAAGGGUGGGGGAGGGAUGUGACGGGGAGGUUUAGGUGA